AUGAGCUCAAAGUGUCAACAAGUGCAUCAGUCCUUUUUUACAAAAAUGUCGAACAGUAAUAAUCAAGAAGCAGACAGACUCGGUUUGUCAGAGCAGAUUCAGGAUGUUACACAAGAAACUUCACAGAAAAUGUCCUGUUGGCUAAAGAAUGAGACACUGGUGCUGGCUAAAGACUACAUCGACUUCUGCACUGGGAACCAGCGGACUCCUCCCAGCGAGUCGGCCGAGGUCAUGCGGCGUUUGGCGAAAGAGCUGGAGCACCAGUACAGCACCAAGUUCCUGUCCAUGUCUCAUAGUUUCGUGUCGAGUUGCGGCUCGAACCCCGAGCUGAGCUCGUGCCUGCGCAGCAUCAUGAACUUGCUGGUGGAGGACGGAAAGCUGAACUGGGGACGCAUCGUCUCCCUGUUCGCCUUCACUGGCGUCGUCGCCACCGAGAUGUUCUCCAGAGAAGACGGAGCGGAGAGCUGCAGGAAGCUCGCCGAGACCAUCGCCGAUUAUCUGGGAGGAGAGAAGAUCGACUGGCUGCAGGAGAAUGGAGGAUGGGACGGGUUCUGUAAGUUCUUCCGCAGCACCGGUCACGUCAGUCACGAGUCGUCCAUGAAGACCGCGUUGUUUGCGGCGGCGGGAGUCGGCUUGGCGGGACUGACCUUCCUCCUCGCACGCUGAAGACCGUCCUCUUUUUUUUUUUUUUUUUUUUUUUCUUUUCCUCACUUAUUCUCUCAUUCUCACACGUCAUCCUUCCUUCAAUUCCUGAUGGAUCUUUGAGUUGGACCUUUGAACGAGAGAACGCUACAAACCCUCACACGAGAUCUUCAUUACACAAUGUUCACCUGAGACACCGGAGUUCAAGCCAAGAAGCAUCUUCAUCUCCUUCUUCUUCUUGGAGUUCAGAUAUUUGUGUGUGAAUGUGUGUGUGGGACAUGGUGCAGUUCUAUUUUUGAGCAGAACUUCCUGGUGAUGUUCUCAUUCAGGUUUAAUUUCACAUUUUAUUUUGAUCUGCAGGAGAGUCCUGAUGCUGUACUGUACACCCAGUGUGUGUUUACAUAUUGUUUCAUUCCUAUUUGUAUUUUUUUUUUUUUUUUUUUUUUGGAGACGAUUCCUUUAAGGUGCUAGCUCUCGUUCCUGUGGUUUAGUUUUUUUUGUCCAUCAAUAAGGAAACCGGAUGUAAAUUAAUAUUUAUUUCCACACCAAGAUCAAAACGAAUUUUAGGCCUUUUUCUCUUCUUAAAUUAAAAAACUAAAUUGUA